AGGACGUUGGUGGUUCAUUAGAUUUUAUAUAAUUAUCAACCUAGGAGUCUAGAACAAAAAGUCAUAAGUUAAGUGUAACCUCCGAGCUUUUUUAUAUAACCUCCCAUUCGGUUUCCGCGUGUUAUGAUUGUUUGGAGAAAAAAGAAAGUAAUUUAAAUUUCGGGCCGAGCUGAACAAAUUCCGACCGGAAGAUGUCAGAGAGUGCCGGGGAGACGAAAGAAACUGGAAGUAGCGAGGGGUGCUGCGAGGUGCAGAAACCGAAGUCGCUCCCUUAUAAAUUAGACUGGUACCAGACCGAGGUGCUGGUGGUGGUGACAGUUUUCGCCAAAAACUUCGUUCCAGACAAGGUACGAGUCGAUUUCCAAGAUGAGGAGGUGUUUUUCACCUUGACGUUGAACACCGGCGAGACUGUCGACAGGACGCUUCGUCUUGAAAAACCCAUCGAACCUUCUCGCUCGUCGUACAAGGUGCUUUCGACUAAACUGGAAAUCAAACUCGCCAAGAGGGACGGCCUGAACUGGAAGAACUUGGAGAAAAUCGAGGAGAAGAAGAAACCGUCGAAGGGGAAGAACUGGGACAAAGUGGUCUCUGAGUUCGAGGAGGAACAGGGCGAAGGCGAAGAAGCCCUCAACUCGCUCUUCCAGAAGAUCUACGCCGAAGGUUCGGAUGAAGUGAAGAAAGCGAUGAACAAGUCCUUUGUCGAAUCGGGCGGGACUGAACUGAACACCAACUGGAACGCCGUCAAACAGGGCAAAGUGUCUAUCAAACCUCCUGAGGGCAUGGAAUGGAAAACAUGGGACAGUUAACUAGACUGCUUGAAUCUUUAUUUCUCUUUUUUUUCUUCGCCUUGUUACUCUAAUAAUUCGCCAAUUCUAUACAUUUGCAAUAAAUAAUGAACUUUGUAUAGAUAACAAAUGUG